AAUUUAUAAAAAACAAUGCCUACAAUAGACUUGGAUCGGGUAGUUAUGCCCAUCACUGGUCCCGAUCGUGAGGACAUCAAAUGUGUUAUAUGUCACGGACUGCUACGCAGGCCAGUAGUCACACCGUGUUGUCGCCAACUAUGCUGUUCUCAAUGUAUUUACCGAUGGCUAGCCUAUCAGCCCAUAUGUCCGUUUGAUCGCCAAUCCCUUACCGCUGCCGACCAACUCCUGCCAGUUCCCCGUGUAUUGGACCAAAUGCUGGCCAACAUACAGGUUAGAUGCGAAUCGCACGGACGCGGCUGUCCGGCCAUCGUUCACGUCGCCGAUAUAGCCCAUCAUCUGAUCUACGAGUGCCAGUAUACCGACCAUUGUCUACAGUGCGGCUACGAUCGUACACUACUGGCGGCGGCCACCAGUGGUGGCCAACAAUCACCCGUUGAUGGACACAAUUGUGUGGAUGUAUUGCGUCAACGAUGUAUGGUAUUGACCCACGAUUUUGGCCAACUAGUCGAUGAUAAUCGUGAUCUACGGGAGGCUAACCUCAGGCACCGGGAGGCUAACCACAGGCUACAGGAGUCUAACCAUAGGCUGCAGGAGGACAACCAGCGACUGAUGGAAACUGUUAUCAGUUUACGACUGUUUUUAGCUCAACAACAACACCGAGAAAGUCAACAACAAACAUAUGUCGUCGACAUCGAUGAUAAUGAUAGUCAAAAUUUGGUAUCCAUAAACUCAGAUACCAGUGACCAUAGCCUAACAACCAGCAGUACCAGCGUCAGCACCGAUAGGGAUUCAAUAGUAACGGUUAUUGUACACCAGACACCACCAUUGUUGAGCCAUUAUCAUCGUCAGCAUAACCAUCAUCAUCAUCAUCAUCAUCGUCGUCCAUCAUCAUUGGCAUUAAUACCAUUUGCUAUUGAAUAUAAUACAGGAGCUGCUGCUGCUGCUGCUGCUACUAGUGCUGACAGGGAGUAUGCCACCAAUGAUCUACCUUUCCCUGAUUAUGCUGAUAAUGAUGAUCCUAUACAGCCGCCAUUGGCAGCACCGGUAGCUGACGAUAGACAUAUCAGAGCUGCUGCUGUGGUCAGAUCAGUAUCAGAUUAUGUUGGCCGCAGCCACGGUAAUAGGGUCAGUCACCAUACAGAUAGCCAGAUAAUUGACGAUAGGGUAGGCCUACUGAGUGAUGUGGUCGACGACGAUGACAAUAACAAUGAUGUUGCGGACAUACAUGUUGGCGGCGAUGCCACUGCCGGCGGUAGUUUGGCCAACAAUAGUCUAAUAGUGGACAUUAUCGACAGCGGUAACGGUAGUCUACCAACACCAMCUCCACCACUCAUAAUGACUACAACCUAUGAGAUACCGGAGCUGAAUAGGUCACAGAUUAUUACAAYAGUAGUACUACUAUUAGUAGUAGUAGUAGUAGUAGUAGUAGUCGAGAAAACUUGGAGUUCAUAUUUGACGGCUCAGUCAGACAUCACUACCGGUGCGAAGGUAUAAUCAGUAGCGACUCAGACGAUGACAUACUGGACAUUGAUUUGAAACGCCGUUACAACAAACGUAAGCGCCGGCUAUGGAUAUGGAAGAUCCGAUGGCCGCCAAUCAGGUUCGGUCUCCGCCGAUCCCAGUCCUAUGAUUUUGGCGGCUGUUCACAGGCAUAGUAUAAUUAUUUGUUUGUUUAAUUACCGUAAGUAUAUAUAUAUUAGUGGACAGGUAUAUGUUGUUGUAUUGUUUUUCA